UGCCUUUCCCCUUCCUUGAUAAUUUAAUAAUUUAAAUAAAUUUUGAAUAAAAACAAAAAUUUGAUUCAAAAAAAUUUCUUAGAAGUUUAUUUAAUUUUUUAUUCUCCUUUUUAUUAUUCCUAAAUGAAGCCUCUUAACUUCCAAAUCCCUUUAUAUAUUGGUCAAUAUAAUAAUAAUAAUUCCUCCAAUUCCUUUGCAAUCAAUCUUCUCUUUAUAAUCCUUUCAUUUUAUCCCCUCACAUUUAUUUCACUUUUGCCACAGUUUCUUUUAGGCUUUUCUUAGUAUUUUUUUCUUAAAAAAUGUUCCACGUAUGUUUUCACUAUACUGGCCUUUUGGGCAUUGGAACCGUUAGCUCAGUUUCCGCUCGUCUCUCAUAUAACGGUUCACGUGUUAAUGGAUCCAUUAAUCAUACAGAAACAAUGGAAUUAUCACUAGCUCAAGAAACAACACAAAGUUGGCCUUCCUUCGGAAUUAUUUUGGGUAAACAACAAAAUGAUUUUGUUGAGGAAGAUGAAUUGGAAGGAAAUCAAGGGACUUCUCUAGUUGUUGAACGUAUUGAAAAAGGAUCCCCUGCUGAUAAAUGUGGAAUUCUACAGCCCGGUGACAGAAUUCUCUGUAUUGAUGACUGGCACACAGCUGAUGGCACUUUAGAAGAAGCCAGUCAUUUACUAAGAAUUCUUUCUCUUUCUGGCAAUCGUUCUGUUACUCUUCUUGUUGAAUUUAAUGUUAUUGAGCCCGUCCUUCCCCCAGCACACGGCUCUUUUUUUGUUAUGAGAUUAGCUAAAUGUGGCAAAUGUCUUGGUAUUGUUUGCCAAAGUCAUCAAAAUGGAACGGCUAAAGGAGAACCUUUAAUUAUUUCACAUAUUAGAAUUGGAAGUGUUGCACAUAGAUGUGGAUCAAUCCAAGUUGGGGACCAAAUCCAUUCAAUUGAUGAUAUACCUUUGGAUACAUGUACUUUAGAUGAAGCUAUGCGUUUAUUACAAAGAUCUGCUAGAAUAGUUAAAUUAGUUAUAAUUAAGGGAGGUGGACAAGAACAACAUUUAUUAGAAUCGCCCCAAUCUUUUGUAUAUACUGUUGAAUUAUUGAGAAGGGGAAGGCCUUUAGGUAUUACAAUAGCUUCUGCUGGGGGUGCUCUAGAUCCAAUAAUUAUUUCUAAAUUAGCACCUAAUGGAUUGGCAGAAAGAACAGGAGCCUUAAAUAUUGGUGAUCAAAUUAUUGCAGUUAAUGGGGAACUUUUAGAAGGAAAGAAGGUUAGCCAAGUAACACAAAUUCUACAACAAUGCCCAGACCCAAUUUCUCUUAAAUUAAGCCGUCCAAUAGCUCCAAAUAUUGAUAUUAAAUUGCCUUAUUGUCGAAAUUUUAAAAAGUUUGAAAAUACAGCAAUAUUAGAACAAGAAAAUAAUAAAAAAUUAGUUGGAAUUAAUUCAACACCAAAAAAGAGUGUGGAUAGUGCAAUGGAUUCUUUAGAGGGUUCACCUACAGGAAGGCAAAUAAUUCCAAGAUAUUCUUCACUUUGUCGUCCCUCAACAUCUACAAAUACACAACAAACAACAGAUCCAAUAUUCAGUACAUAUUCUGACCCUUAUAGCAAUGGAGGAGGAAAUGGAGGUUUAGAUUCAGGUUUAAGUUCAGCAGCCGCAACAGACAGUCAACCUGGCGGUAUUCAAUCAAGUUCUCAAACAAAAUGUUGUGAAUGUCAAUUUGAAAUUGAUGGAAGUGGAACACAUUCUUUUUGUUGUUCAAAUUCUCCAAAUUCUUCCUCUGAAAGAAAAGGAAGAAAAGAAGAAAAUGAUAAUGAAUGGAUGAGAAUACUUGAAGCGUUAGAAGUGGUUAGUGAAGCUGAAAUGCUUAGGAAAUUGGAAGAAUGUAUUUUAAAUGGAAGUGCUUCUAACUAUGUUCCUCCUUCUAAUAAUAAAUCGAGAUACGGCUUUCAACAAAUGUUUCCCUCUGAGUUAGGAAAUAUUCUCUCUCAUCAACAAUUAGUCUCAACUAACAAUAAUUAUGAUGUUGUUGAUAAUAUAAACCAAUCUAUUGAUAAACAAACACAAAAAAUAUUUCCAUCUCAAGAACUUCAUAAGAAAUACGUUGUUGCUAAUCAUUCUCGGUCUGGUACUCCUACUAUGAUGAAGAGUCAACAACAACAAAAUGGAGAACUUCCACCAGCAAUGCCCUCUCCACGUAUUUCAACGACAGACCCUCCUCCAUUUACAAUAGCAACAUCAUCAACAUUUACCUCCUCACAAAAAAGUAUUUCCACAAAUUCACUUCCUUCUUGUACAUUAAAUAAUUUAAAACAAGAAAAUGAAAUAGAUGAAUUUAGUGAAGUUUUUAGUGUUCAAUUAAAAAGAUGCCCUCUUACAAAAAGUUUUGGGUUUUCCGUUUGUGAUGGACUUAUUGGAGAAGAUGAUGAAAUAAUUGAAGAAUUAAAUGAGAAAAAUACUAUACAAUUAACACCUACAGGAAUUUAUAUUCGUUCGUUAGUUAAGGAUGGACCAGCUGAGAAAUGUGGAAGGAUACAACCUAGAGAUAGAAUAUUACAGAUCAAUGGAAGGUCAAUACAAUUUUUAACCUGUGAUUUAGUUCUUCCACUUUUAACAACAGAAACUGUUGAUCUACUUUUACUAAGGAAAAAAUGACAAAUUUAAAAAAUAUUUACUAUUUAUUAAUUUUAAUGCUCUAUAAUUUACUUCCUAAUCUUUUUUUAUUGUUUAGAAAAUUUAAAAUUUUUAUUUUACAAAUGCUUGUAUCUUUUUUCCGUGACUGUAUUUAUAUGUAUAAAUAGUAUGUGAAUAGAUAUAUUUAAGAUAUGUAAUGAUGAUGAUUUGGAUAAUAAUUUGGAAUGAUAUAGUAUAUGGGAUACAGGGGGAUCACGGAGGAUUCGGGAUUAUUAAGGGAUUAUUUGUAGAUAUCUUUUGCUUUUUUUCGCUCAUUGAUUGCUGAAUAUUUGUAUUCAAAUCAAGGCUUCCUCCUUUUGUGCUACAGGUAAAAAUUUCAGAUUUAGGAAGGCUUG